AUGAGUGGCAUGGACGACAACGAAGACGAGACCGAUCUUUUCGACGACGAUGAUUUCGACAAUCUAUCGGAGUCCGCUUUACAGCAACUAGAAUACCAUGCCAUCCUAUCGACCCAAAGAGCGCAAGCAUCCAAACAUGUCCCUCUCACUGCGCACCAGUCCACAAAUUUGCCGCAGUCGAAGAUUCAACCUCUUGCACAAUCCAAUGCUCGGUUCCCGCGUGCGCAUCCAGCUAUUCAGAGAUAUUCGACGGAGGACGAUGAUAGCUUUGAGCUGGUUGGAGAAGAGGGUGUGCCCACCCCAGUAGAAGAUCAAGAUUCUUAUCCUAUACGUCGAAAUCAACUCAGCGACGCCGCUCAGAGAGCACAAUUCCGCCAACAACGGUAUGGUCAAACCCAUGGUGCUGUCCCCCGUCCUCCGGACGACGAGGCGGACUAUGGACGUCAGAGAGUUUCAUUCGACGCAGCUUCAGCACAUGGUCUCCAUCAUGGGGCUGCAACAAGACUGGACGAAAUGUCGUUGGACACUCCGCCGCGACAAGCCGGCACGGCUGCUCGUGAUACUUCCCACAACCGUGUCGACGAACUACUCCGAGAGCGGGAGGAACUUGCUCGGGAGUUACAAGCUGUCAGAGACACGGUCUCUAUGCAAAAGGGGGAGAUUUCCAUCAUUCGAGCGAACUUUGAGAAAGAAAGCAAAGUCUACGACCGACAAAUCGGCGCUCUGAAAAAGUCAAUGGAAGAAGAAUCUGCAAAACAUACUGCUGCCCUCAACGCUUUGGCAGAAAAGAAUCAUAAUAUUACCACUCAAUUCCAGUUCCUCAAGCAAGAACACAAUCAAGGCCUCCAGGAGACCAAGACCCUCAGACAACGUUUAAAGGAUAAACAGGCGGAGAGGGAUGCAGACCUUACGACAACUCCCAAGCGCGGCGUCGCGAGCUCUCUCAGGGACGGUUUCAACGAUGAUGAUAUUAUGCUCAUGUCGCCUUCGAAAUCUGCGGGACGUUCCAAGCCGCCGACACCAACGGCAGCAGGCAAGCGAAAGAGAAAACCUGACCGGCCAAGCCCUGUGAAGCCGCUUGUUUUGAGGCCUAGCAACACUGCGAGUCAAAAUGAGAUGCCGCCUCCGCCGCAACCGUUGCAACCAAUAGAGCCCAUUAUCCCCAUUGUGCGAAAAGACAAACAAGCGGAACACAACCUCAUGUUCCUGCAAUCUAUCAUCGAGUAUCGCCUCACCAGCUCUAAGGAGCCAGUCUUCGAGGCUUUGCUCAAAUUCGCCUUUCCUUCGAACCCGUCCAAAACAUUCUCAGGACUUUUAUGGGAGGGUAUUGCUCAGCUCGGGGGGAAACGCUUCCCCGCCGACUUGCUUCAACUCUUGCUAGAUAUGUGGUCCAAGUCAUUGAAAGAACAAUACUACAGUCCGAUUGCCACCUUGCGAGAGAUAGCAAACCAGAUCAUCGAUCUCGAUAUGCUGCUUAUCGACUCGGGCAUUAUUACUGCCAUAAUCCCAGUCCUGAAGUCCACCAUUACGAUCAAUGCCGAGAAACGCUUUCAACACUCACCAGUGAAUCACACGACAUAUGGUAAGAUCCGCCAGACGCCUCAAUCGGUUCUAAACCCUGAGGUUGAUGGGACGAGCUGCUUGGAGCUCAUGCUCACAGUCGCCUACGCUGUGUCAGACGAUCCAGAACUGAUUGCUCUUUUGUGGCGUCUUGUGGACCACGAAUUCAUCCUGAUGAUGCUUAACGCCUGGCAGCCAAUAUCUGAUAUAGCACUCAUGCUGCGACUACUUGCCACCAGCAUCCUCCCUUCCACAUUCGGCAGUAUUUGUGUCGAUGGCCCGCAAUCAAAGGUCGAACACUGGUUGAUGAGUCGAAUCUGUUCUCUCCUUAGAGAAACGCCCAAUGUCGAUGAAGGUGUUGUUAAGUACACGACCCAGGAUUUCUGCCAACUACGGAUCGAAGCCAUGGACCUCCUCAUUAGAAUCGGAUUAACGUCGUCUCCACAUCCGCAUAAUGAUCCCUCUCAUCACGGCAGCCUUCUUAUCGCAAAUGACACGAAUGCCAUUGCGCGCAUUGUCCGCAGCUUGUACGACCAAGUCUCGGCGAUGUACUCGCUCCAUCCAACCACGCACACUUUGCACGCCUCUCUGAUCAAUAAAACCGUUUUUCUUCUCUAUCACCUUUUGCAGCUCCACAGCUCCGCCAUCCAACUGCCAGAAAAGCUGUCGGUAAUCAAUGGUGGGGUGCACAGACACCGGGUGGUGCUCACACGACUCGCUUUCUCUGAGGGGUUCGUGGUGGAUAAAUAUAUCAGCGACGAGACGGUCGCCAUGGCCACGCAGAUGUUGGAGGAGAGCGUGACGCCGGAUGAAGCGGAUGAGCUUUUGAAGUGCUUCCCAGGGUUCAAUGGGAGGGGAGCCGUCAGAGACGAAGAGGAGCAGAUGUCGCUGUGGAUGGACACCUGA